UAUCCGGCAGACGCCCCAACCAGAAAGGAAUUGUGGAUAGUGCAUUAAUCUGUCAUCCAAAAGUGUCUAAACUUUUCAGUGCAACGCGGUGCUUCGAUUGAUAAAUUUGUUUAUGCGUGCGUUUAUUUAUCGAGUUUAUUUAUGAAUCAAAAAGUGUGAAAGGGGGAGAAAUAAAUAGUGAAAAAACGAGGUUUACAAAGCCGGCGGAGUGAGAACUAAAAAAUAAUCGACAAUGGAUUGAGACGAAGGAAUUGAGAGAAGGGAAAGCAAAUAAUUGUUCCAAGGCCGGAAAAAAGUGUGAAAAUGUUCAAGUGCUGCGUGUGCAACAAAAGCUCGAAGAAGUCGAAGAAGGAGAAGAAGCUCGCGGAGGAGGAGGAGGAAUCCGAGCGCGAAGUGAAACUGGAAGCGGAGAAGAAGCUCCGCAACGGAGUGAGAUCGUCGGCGUCGCUCGAGCGGAUAAACGCGGAGGUGAAAAGCGAGAGCGAUCCGACGAAUAAAUCGCUGCCGAAUUCGCCGUUGGAAAAUUCGGAGAGUCGUGAGAAAAGCGACGCGACGAUCGACCCUGAAUCGACGAAAAAAAUCGACGAAUUGGCCGCUGGAAAGAGCGACUCGAUCAGCUCGCUCCACGAUAAUCUCAGCGAAAAAUCGUCCUCGCUGCGGCAAUCGAACGAAAUAAAUCUUUCGAAUGACAACAAAAACUGUAACGAUUCGGCUUCGAAACAAAAAUCUUUCAUUUACACUAAUCCAAUCGGCGUGGCUGAAGCUCCUGCCUUUAUCGAAAGAACCCUCGUCGACGGCUCUGACGAGGAUGGCGACGAUUCCGUUUUCGAAGCUUCUUUUUCGAACGAAACCGAAAAAGUCGAGAUUCAAGCUCCUGUGAUGAGAACUGUGCCGAAAUGGUUGUCGCAAGAAGAGGACGACGAGAAACCCUCCGAAGGAUGCGAUGGAAUGCAAGAACCGCCGGCCACCCCGGUCGCGAGGGACGAACUCGCUCUCAGACGACACAGAUUUUUCUCCGAUCUUUUGCAAGCAGCGAGAAACACGAGCGAGCACAGAGUGCAUUUUGAUCCUCUCGGUCCCGUGGUUCACGCCGGCUGCGAGACAGAAGAUCGCGAGGAGCAUUUGGAAGAUUUGGUGACGCGUUUGGAGAACGUAACGAGACGUUUGGAAAGCGUGCCGACGAAACUGUUGACUCAGACACAGGAGACAGCGGUGCAGACGAAAACUCCAUCCCCGAAAAGGACGCAUCGCUCGAACGGCGAGUUAUCAACGCUCCAAACAUCUUCUGGAAAUUCAAAUAAUUUGGAUACGAUGUCAGUUUCAAAUUUCGAGGAUCUCCUCGCUGGCCCCGUCAAGGAUUAUUUGAACCUGAGCCAAAAAAUCGGCGGCGAUGUCGCCACUCAUAGCAAACUCGUCGAAAAAGCUUUUCAAACCCAAUCGCAGUUCAUAAAAACUGCGUCGAGUCGUCCAGCACCGACGAGCCAGUCCGAGCAAGUUUCCCUUCUUGGGCCGACGUCGACGUCGAUCCAAGAAAUCCAAGAAUAUCGUGAGAAAAAUCGGGGCUCCCAGUUUUUCAAUCAUUUGUCAGCGAUCAGCGAGAGCAUUCCGGCUCUCGGUUGGGUCGCCGUUUCACCGACUCCGGCUCCCUACGUCAAGGAGAUGAACGACGCCGGACAAUUUUACACCAACCGCGUUCUAAAGGACUGGAAAGAAAAAGACAAAACUCACGUCGAGUGGUGCAAAGCUUGGGUGCAAACGCUCUCGGAUUUGCAGCAGUACGUACGAAAGCAUCACACGACAGGAUUGGUCUGGGCGAAAACGGGCUCAGUACCAGUGCCACCACCCCCUGGUGGAAUGCCGCCUCCCCCGCCGCCUUCGAUGCCACUCGGCGACGUAACCGCGAACGUUAACGACGACAGGAGCGCUCUCUUCGCCCAGAUUAAUCAAGGAGAAAAUAUAACGAGGAGCUUGAAAAAAGUCACUUCCGAUAUGCAAACCCACAAAAAUUCUUCCCUCCGCACUGGCCCGGCUCCCUUCAAAGCUCCGGUCACCACCAACUCUGGCAACUUCAAAACUGUACCAUCCGCCAACUUACCCAUCGACAAACCGCCAGUUUUUACUCGCGACGGCAAAAAAUGGCUGGUCGAAUACCACAAAGGCAACAAAGAUUUGUUAGUGGAAAACGCCGAAAUGAACAACGUCGUUUACAUGUUCCGUUGCCAGGACAGCACUCUGAUAGUCAAAGGAAAAAUCAACUCAAUCGUAAUCGACUCAUGUCGCAAAUCCUCCAUAGUUUUUGACUCUCUCGUUUCGAGCAUCGAGUUCGUCAAUUGCCAAAGCGUCCAGAUGCAGGUGCUGGGAAAAGUGCCAACCAUCUCAAUCGACAAGACUGACGGUUGCCAAAUGUAUUUGAGCCCGGACUCUCUCGACGUAGCUCUCAUCAGCAGUAAAUCGAGUGAAAUGAACGUAAUGGUUCCCAAAGGAAACGGGGAUUAUACGGAACACCCCGUUCCGGAGCAAUUCAAGACAACCAUAGGCCGAAAUGGCCUGAGCACGACUGCCGUAGACUCGCUGGGAUAAGGAAAGAGGACAGGAGGACGAAAAUAUCGAACGAAAUCUUCCGAUCGACAGCCUAAGACGAAAAGAGUUUCUAAAAUUGAGCGAAAACAAUGAAAAACGAUCAUCAGAUCUUGAGGAGCGACGAACUAAUUAAAAUUAGAUAAUUUCCCCUCGGACGAUGGAGAGUCCGCGGAAUAAAUUUUUAACGUAAUUUAUUAUUUAAUAAAUGAACGCGAGAAAUAAUCAAGUUUUUUUUAUCUUGGACAAGGAUAAACGUAAAUCGCAUUAUUAAAUCUAAAAAAAUACUUUUUUCUCCAACGAAAUUGUGCAUUUGAAAGAAGAUAAACAAUAAUGAACUUGACUCAAAGUUUAAGGAUUUUUGAAAAAAAAACUAUCGUCAACGAUCCCUUGACGAUCUUGUGGUUGGACAAAAGUUUGCAAUCCUUUUUAGGCCCGACUUUUAUACAUUUACACCGUUUCAUAAAGCGAAGAGCAGUUUGAAAAAACGAAAAAACGUUGAGUAAUAAAUAGAGUCGAACUUUUGUCCAAGCCUCGAAAAUAAUUGCAUGUAACAAAAAUAUUAGGAAUUUUUUUCACGCACGCGUUCGCAACCGAAAAUUCGAAUAAGCUUAUUUGACAUUUUUCCAUGUUUUAGUACGUUGAAAAUUGAUUUUCAACAAAUUUUCUAUUAUUUCGCGUUUAAAUAAAAUUGUUUGAACAAUUUGAUGCGGGUUUUCUGACGAUAUCGGAAUCGAAAAUGUAUUUCCGCGAGAUUUCAAAGCUGUCAAAAUAAUUUAAACAUUUUUAGAUCGUUUCUGGAGGUCCAACAAAGAAAAUUCUCAAAAAUUCAUGAAAUACUUCGGUUCUGAAUUAGCGUGUGAUAAUUUAUCGAUCGAAAAUCAAUCGAAUUUUCUAUAACUCGAUGGCAAUAGCUUGGCCUUUUCUCAUCAAUCUGUCGCGUGCUGAAAUGAUAGAUUUAAUUAAUAAAAUAGCGAACAUAACGAAGUAACGAGUUUUUUGAUUGACGAAGGACAGAAAAAUGGAAUAAAAGAUGGAGAGAGCGACGAAAUAUUCGUGUGAAAAAUAAUAAGCGUUCCUGACGAAAUCAAACUGACGUUGCGAUCAAUUUUAUUUUGGCUCCUCGAAUAAUCGUCAUCGAAACUUCAAAAAUACAAGUUAACGAGUAUCGCAGAA